AUGAAUGCUUCUUUUUUACAAAAGCUUGGCAAAAACAGUCAACCGGACAAAUCUACUAGGGAGCCUCUGCUAUAUCACGAUCUGGACUACGAAAUGGAAACCGUUAUCCGACAGAAAUCCGAAGAAUCGGGGCCCACGUCGAUCAACGUCCUCACCUUGAACUGCUGGGGGCUCAAAUAUCUCUCCAAACACCGGACAGAAAGACUAUCCGAAAUAGGAAACCGUAUUGCCAGUCAUUCUCCUCAACUCGAUAUUGUUGGCCUGCAAGAAUGCUGGACAUUUGGCGACUAUCUAGCAAUCCGAGAUCGGACGAGAUCUAUACUGCCGUAUGCAAAAUUCUAUCACUCCGGCAUCUUUGGUGGAGGUUUGGCUGUUUUCAGUCGCUGGCCGAUCAGCGACUCGUCUAUGUUCCGGUAUUCGCUAAAUGGUCGUCCUACCGCGUUCUUCAGAGGGGACUGGUUUGUUGGAAAGGGUGUAGCAUGUGCUCAAAUACAAAUGUCAGAUGGACAAAUGAUUGAGGUCUUCAAUACACAUUUACAUGCACCUUAUGAUCGGGAGCCAAACGACAGCUACAUCUGUCAUCGGACAGCUCAAGCAUGGGAGAUGGCGAAACUCAUGCGUGCAGCUUCAGACCGAGGCAGUCUCGUUCUUGGGCUCGGCGACUUCAACAUGGUACCGUUGAGUUUUGCCCAUGUCCUGAUUGAAAGUCGAGGUGGCGUCAAGGAUGUAUGGCGAGUGGUCAAGCCGGGAAGCAGCAUUGGCAAAAGCCACCACCUGCCAGAGGUUGAGCGCAGGAAGCGUGUGAAAGAGCAUCCUGUCUCGGACGUGGCUAGCAUUCUUCGAGACCAUGGUCACACGUGUGACUCCAUCUUCAACACGUGGCGUUGGAGCAAGGAAGAUCAAAAACGACUGGAGAGGGGGCACGACAAACAUAUUGCAGCCACCGAUCCAGAUCCCAAUUCAUAUCGUCUGGACUACAUUUUCUUCAAUGGCGUCGGCAAUGGGUGGAAAGUCGCCGAUGUGAAGGUGGUUCUCACUGAACGGCAUCCGAAGCUGCUGUGUUCGUUGAGUGAUCACUUUGCUGUGUAUGCCAACAUAGAAAGGUCGCAGACCAGCCCACCGACUCCUGCUGGACUGGAAAUUCACGGAGCACUGCAUGAUACGCAGACCGAAGAUCCGAACCUUGAAAUGGCCGAUUUUGAAGACAAGGAUUUUAAAGCCGCGAUAUCCCAACAACCUACGCACCAGUAUGUUGGACAAGAUUUCUACCAUGAUAUUCUAGCCAUGAUACAUAAGUACAAUCUUCGGGAAAGAAAGCAGCGACGAUAUCGGUGUUUGCAUUUUGUUGGAUCUGCAUUGGUCUCGAUUGGGUGCUUUGUUGCGGUCUGGUGGUCGCCACGGAACUUCGUCUCUUUCCUAUUGAUCCUCCUGAGCAGUCUGGGAUUGAUGGCCGGGACCGUGGAUGGGCUCAUUGGAUUUCUCUUUGUGGGAUCUGAGUUAAGAGCGCUUGCCGAAUUUGAGUGGGAAGUGCGAAACGCAUUGCAGCUUGCAGGCGGUCCAGUACAGGAUGACCGAGCACUGAAAGACUGGUACGACUAG